AUGUUUGAUAUUUAUACCGACGGCUCGGGCAUCGAUGGAAAAAUCGGAGCUGCUUUUGUCGUGUAUUACUAUGGUACUGGGAUUCACCAAGAAUGCUAUAGAAUGAACUCAUAUAACUCGGCGUUUCAAGUCGAAUGUUGUGCUCUUGAAAAGGCUCUAUCGUAUGUUCAAUCUGAAAUUCCAUGUUCUUCUAUACUUAAUAUUUAUAGUGAUUGUCUCUCUUUAUUACAGGUUUUAUCCCGUCCCAUCUCUACAAAUUAUACCAUUUUUAAUAUUAAGAAAUUGUAUGGUGACAUCUCUAGUAAUGCUACAAUUAGACUGCAUUGGAUUAAAGCUCAUGCAGGAUUUAUGGGCAACGAGAGAGCGGAUGUGUUGGCUAAGAAGGCUGCUUUGUCUGAUUCUGUCGAUUAUAUUGAAAUUCCUGGAUCAAAAAGAAUAGCUAACAGAGUAAUAUUGGAGGAUUGCUUGAAGGAGUGGAAAACCAGAUGGUCUGAGUCGGAGAAGAACAAAGAACAUCUACGAUUCAUACAGAUUAAAAGGCACAUGACACUUUACAAUAAUAUUGAUGUUAAUCAAUUCCUCACUGGGCAUGGAAGAUUUCCAAGUUACCUGAAAAAAUCCUGCUUACAAGAGACAGAUCUAUGUCCAAGAUGUGAGGUCCCUGCAGACUCAGACCAUUUUUUCUAUCGAUGUGAAAUCUUUAAAGACUUGAGAGACUUACACGGUAUCACAGAUGGACACGUUUUGGAUGUACGUAAACAUGUUAAGUAUGUGGAGGCCGUUCUGGGCUACAUAAAUGUAAAUAGAAUUGAAUGUGGAAUUUUAAUAUGA